AUGACGCAACCUAUCAGAACUACUCGACAAACUCGAGGUCAAACGAAGGCUGCUGAGCAGGCAGAGGAGGAUAAAGAAGAGAUAGAGUCAGAGGAAGAUACACCAGAGGAACACGAAGAGGAGGCACCUACAACGAAGGAGAAGGGCACCCAGAAGGACACAAGUAGGUUCGCUUCCCUGUCUAGCGUGGGUGCAGAGAGUGCCAAAAGCAGCGUCAAAAGGGUCCCUGCUUCAGAUUCUUCAAAUAUGACUCUUAAACCCUCAGAGCUCUAUCUAUUCAAGCCUACUAGUCGUCAAGAUGAGAAAUCCGCUCGAAUUUUCGUUGAGCGUAUUGAAGACGCUAGACGUAUCUACAAGAAUCAAUCAGAAAAGCUUGCGUUGCUACUUCCUCGUUGUUUGGAUAACGAAAUAGCGCAUGCAUGGUACUCUGCCCUCUCUUUAGAAGAUAAGGAUGCAUUAUCAGAUUCAGUAAAUGGAUGGAUCCGAAUUAUCAAACGAGACUUCAUGGGUACCCUAUCAGAACUGCGAUCUGCUGCAUCUAAGGAGUCAUUUAACUGGAACCAAGGCCGUUUGCCCACGGAAUACGUGGAUGAAAAGGUUGGCAAACUUCGAAUUGCAGGUAUGAAUUCUGAAGAGGAUAUCGUUCAACGAGUAUACGAAGGUUUUGACGACGUGCCUGAAUUGCAAGCUGCGCUCGCUCCGUAUAGCGAAGAGUCUUUGGCCAACUUUCGAAAGCGUCUACGAGCGUUGCAACCUAUUCACAAACGUAUGUACGAUGAGAAGAUAGCAAAGCCAAGAGAGAGCCGUACCAAGUGGUCGUCUGGGUAUUCUUCGAAUUACAAGGCGAAUCGCGACUCCGAAAAGCUAAUACAGAAGCCUAAGGCCGAGGAGGUUCCUAAGCGUCAAAUAGACAGCAGCGCUAACCGCACCAGCGACUACUUUACUCCUUGUCGACGAUGCGAAGCCAAGGGCCGCAACCCUAACCAUCGCCAAACCAACUGCCCUCUCCGAGAUGAGAAGAAGGAGAAGGGUUUCGCCGGCAAGGAGGAUGACUCAUCCGAAGAGGAGUCAACUAGCGCUCCACAACGACAACGACGUGGGUAUGCAGGCAAACAAGCCUCUGACAUGUCAGACGACGGGAAGAGCGACAACAGCCGCGGAGAAGGCGAGAUUUUAGCCAAUUUCGGCGUCACUUGUCACGAAUGCAAUAAAUUCUUUCCAUCUGGCAAUCAGCUCCACGGCCACCUCAAAUCUUUCAAUGCUCACGCUAUAGAGAGCGCUCAGACAGUGCUGGAUCUAUCAACCAAUCUGAAAGGCGAGCCGCUAGAGGGUAUCUCUAAUAGCACAGAGACCCGAGUUACAGCGUAUCCAAAUACCGACGCAGGAUCCUCUAACACCUUCAUAGCAGUGAUCGACUCUGGAUUCGGUCACUCCGCAGUCAAUCGAGAACUCCUAGCUAUGCUGCCUCAUACUGUCAAACCUGUCAAGCAACUGAUUAUUAGAGGCAUUGGCGGACGUCAAGCUGUCUCAGAGAUAGCCACAUUUGUUUUCUACAUCCGAGGCGGUCAAGGAGUCAUAUUGAAACUUAAGAUAGCUGCGCUAAUCUUUGACGACUUAGGCACCGAUCUACUAAUCAGUACAGAUUACAUUAAGGCUUGGAAUAUAGUUAUUGACAUCCCUCGUCAAUUAGCCAUAUUUCAUCGUUCUGAGAAGAUCAGAAAGCCAAUAGCCUUCGUCCGCUUACAGGUGACCCGACAGCCUAUAAGCAAUUUCGUUGUUCGAGUCAGCAAGGAUAGCACGAUACCACCACACUCUAUGGGCCAGAUCGCGCUUCGCCUCAACCAUUCUGGCAAGGCUGACCUCCUUUUUACGUCUAAUCGUCCUGAGAUCCCUGACGGAGUCAUUACAGCUACUCAGAGUACGGUUAUGUACUCAAAUCAGGAAUCUACGCCUCAAACAAUUAAACGUGGUACGAUACUUGGUACAGCGUCCUCAAUCCGCGCCGGCAGUUUCGCGACCUCGGAGAUAGCGACGGAGAUACUGAACGGGUUUCUAGGACGAGAAUCGCUGCGCCUCGAUAUUGGCUGUACAUGUAUAGCCAAAUCCUGUACGUGCGUUAUAACGAAUAGCUUCCAAGGGCAGAAGACUAAGGACACUAUCUCCGCGGAGAAGGAGAAGGUGAAAGACUCUCGCUGGUUAGAGAAGCCGUAUCGACCUCACUAUCGCUACGACAUUCCGAAGGGUAUCGUCGUCCCUAACGUUUCUACAUCCACUUACCAAGAGGCCCACGUCAAUGAAGACUUGCCACUAAUGCAACAGAAGCAACUCCGACAGCUAGCCAAGCGCUUCGCAGUCAUCUUCAAUGACGCCCCUGGCAUGGCUCGCCAACCAGAGGACGAAUGGCUACGAAUAAGGGUCCCAUCAGAGCUUGAACAGAAGCUAAAGCCUCGAGCUCUAUACCGAAACGCGCCGCGUGCCAAGAAGGAUAUCGAUGUUACAUUCAGCCAGAAUGUUCGACUAGGCCGUAUGGCACUCGCUAAGCAUUCCCCCUACUCUCUACCUGUAUUCGUGGUAUACAAGUACACUCCAGAGGGCGACGUCAAAAAGGCGCGGCCAGUGGUGGAUCUGCGACCUCUUAACGACAUAGCGGAAUCUGAUGCAUAUCCAUUGCCCCUCCAAGAGGAUAUCCUAGCGUCACUGGCACAAGCUUCGUACAUCUCCUCAAUCGACUUCGUAUCUAGCUUCUAUCAGCACUUCCUACACCCUAACGACCAAUAUCGAACGGCGACAGUUUCUCAUCGAGGUCUAGAGCAAUUUUGCGUGGCGCCCAUGGGCUUCAAAAACUCGCCUGCUCAUAAUCAGAGGACCUUUGAGCGGUUGUUUACUGGUCUGUUGUGGAAAAUCGUCAACGUAUACGUUGAUGACGUCAAUAUCUUCACGAAAGGGGCUUUUGAGCAGCAUCUUUACGAUCUAGAUGUCGUAUUUCGACGCUUAGCUGACGCAGGUUACACGUUCAAGGCCAGCAAGACCUAUUUAGGAUUCCAGAAGCUUGUUACGCUCGGCAAGUUGGUGAGUCGACUCGGCUACUCCACGGCUGAAGAGAAGCUCCAAGCCAUCGCCAAUUGGGAUAUACCUAGAAAUGGCCAUGACCUAGAACGCUUUAUUGGGUUCGUCGGAUGGCAUCGUCAACAAGUGCCCUACUUUGCGCAACGCUCUGAGAUACUUCAAGAGCUCAAAACUAGCAUCUUUCGAGCGCCUCGAAAAGAUAAAGGUUCUCCAUCAGAGAAGCCUCAGGAGCGAAAGAGCCGUGGGUCAAAAGCUCUAGGGAAUCUAUGGACGAACCAGCAUAACGCCGCAUUCGAGGAUCUCAAGGCUGCAUUUACGAAGGCCGACGAUAUUCUCCGCCAUUUCGACCCUGUCAAGAUCCUUUACGUAUUUCUUGACGCAUCCAAAGAGCUCGGUUUUGGUGUUGCAGCCUAUCAGCUAGAAGGCGAAGAGGCCCAGGAUCCUCACAAGCCGUCGAGGACCUUCUUGAGACCUAUCAUCUUUCUAUCUAAGUGCUUGACGCCGGCUGAACGUAACUAUUGGCCUACAGACUUAGAACUGGCAGGCCUUGUCUGGGCGGUUAAGCAAUUGCGAAUCUACAUUGAACAAACAAGGACCAUCAUCUAUACCGACCACCGAGAGCGAAUCCAAUCAUCAUAG